CUGCUUGUGAUCGGUCCUUACAAUGACCAUGGCAAGGUUGGGCAUGAGUUUAUGGAAGAGCAUAAACUGAGGUAUCUCAAGCAAAUGCUUCUAAGGAGAAAUGAACGUAGUGUGAAAGAUUACAUCAGUGCCUUGAGUUAUUUGGAAGAAAGAGCCCGGAAUUGCUAUGCCGAACGCAUUAGCCUGAAAAAAGAUGAGUUCGUAGAAAUGAUGCUACUUGAUGGGUGUUUCAUCAUUGAGCUUUUCCGAAAGUGUCAGAUGCCGCAUCUAAGGGAUAAGCAUGAUCCAAUCUUCCAAAUGUGCUGGAUGCUUGCCGUUAUAGCUCGUGAUCUUAUAUUAUUUGAAAAUCAACUUCCAUACUUUGUUCUUACUAAAUUGUUUGAGAUGAGUGCGAGGGACCAGACACCGCUUCCUAGCCCAUCCAUACAUCCUGGAGAACACACCAUCAAUAUUGAGCAAAACAAUGAAAUUACCUGUCUUGAAAGCUCAACCUCCGUAGAUCAAAGAGUCCAGAUCAGACGACAACUUGUUGAUCUUGCCAUUUCUUUUUUAUCUGGGUCAUUACCAUUUCAAGAUUCGGAUGUUGAAGGAUCGAGGUCUUAUUCAGCCGAAAAACCAUUUCGACUUUGUCGGAUGCAUAAGGCUAUCACUCCUCCACUCGCAAAAAUAGUACAUGAGCAUCUAAAGGUUGGAGACAUAUUCAAGAACGCAGAUUUUAAGCAUCUACUUGAUCUAAUACAUACAAUGAUCAAGCUUUCAGUACUUGAUAUGGAACUAGAUCGUGCCAUAGAACGUCAAGAGGUUGGAAUCAAAUUCAAGAAGGGAGUGAUAUUUAAGCAUUUAUUUGGCCUGAUAAGUAGAGUAGUAAGUCCAUUACCUGCAAAAAUGGAAAACAUGAACAAGGGCAUAUGUUGUGCCAUCGACCUACAAAAAUCUGGACUCAAAUUCAAUAUGACAGAGAUAUUUAAGUUUCCAUAUCGUCCGAAGAAGAUUGAAGACUGGAACUCAAUACCAUAUGGAAUAGAGCUUCAUGAGGCUGGAGUUGACUUCAAGAUGGCAAAGAAAUUUAGGGAUAAAUUUAAGGAGAAUAAACGCUGGAAGUUAAUACCUGAUGCCAUUGCAUUUCAAGACGCUGGAGUUGAAUUGGAGAAAGCAAUGAGAUUUUCUUAUCCACUCGGUCUAAAUAGGAAUGAGGACGGUAAGAAAAAACUUUGCGGAGCCAUAUUCAAGAUGGUAGAGAAAUUUAUGCCCCUAUCUUUUCUAAACAAGAUUGAAUACUGGAACUCAAUUCCUGAAGGCAGAGAGCUUAAAGAGGCUGGAGUAGAAUUCAAGAAGGCAAAAAAAUUUAGGGAUACAAAAGAUAUGAUAAAGUCAAUACCUAAUGCAACAGAGCUUGAAGAGAGUGGAGUCAAAUUCAAGGCGGCAAAGAAUUGUACCACGUUUGCCAUUCAGUUUAGCAAUGGGGUAUGGGAAAUUUCGCCUUUGAGAAUAGAAGAUGACACUGAAACUUUUUUGCGAAAUCUAAUUGCAUUUGAGCAAUAUGAUCCAUACAAUGAUUCGAAUUAUGUCAGCGACUAUAUUUGCUUCAUGGAUGAUCUCAUUGACUCUCCAAAGGAUGUUAAAUUACUCCGUCGGAAAGGAAUCAUUGAAAAUUGGUUGGGUGAUGAUGAAGUUGCUUCCAUCAUGGUUAACAAGCUUGGCCGCCAUGUCGGCAUUUCAACCAGCAACUCCAUUUAUGCUAAAACUUCCAUUGAUAUGAUCAGACAUUGUGCCAAACGCUGGAAUGAAUGGAAGGCAAAUUUGAGGCACAAUUAUUUCAAUAGUCCUUGGGCUUUACUUUCAGUUUUGGUUGCUAUCUUAUUGCUCGGACUUGCAAUUACACAAACUGUGUUUUCUAUUAUUAAUUAG